UGGGGGAGGUGCGAGCGAGAGUAACGCAACGGGGUUUUUGUUUGUUUGUGUUAUCGGAGCUCCGGUAAGGAGGAGGAAGGAGGAGGAAUGGGCGGUCGGAGGGCGGGGGAACUUCGGCGCCCGGCGAGGAGGAGGCGAUCGGGUCGGAUCUGCUGGGUGCUAGGGUUCUUCAUCCUCGCCCUCUUCCUUCUCUUCAUCGUUCAAUUUCACGGAGAUCCCUCUCUAAUUCCCCUCCAGGAGAUAGAGCUUGAGGACCUCACUCGUGAAAGUCUAAAUUUUACGCUAGAACUGCUGAGCACUACUUCAACCGCAAGACAAAUGAUCGACCAGGUAUCCCUGGCAAAGGCUUACAUAAUCAUAGCUAAAGAGCACGGGAACCUCAAUCUAGCCUGGGAGCUCAGCUCCUUUGUGAGAAACUCCCAAGGGCUUCUCUCUGAGUCCAUCACAACAUCUAAACCCGUCAACUCAGAAGAAGCUCUCCCUAUAAUUAGCCAACUAUCUAGGCUAAUCCAUAAAGCCCAAGGCUUGCACUAUGAUAUCAGCACCACAAUCACGACACUUAAGAAACAUGUAAAGGCCCUUGAAGAGCGUGCAGUUGCAGCUGUAGUACAAAGUGCAGAACUUGGUCGGUUGGCUACUGAAACUAUGCCUAAAGAGGUUCACUGCAUGACUCUUAGGCUGACUGAGGACUGGUUUGAAAAUGAGUUGCUUGAAAAGAUGGCAAAAGAGAAAAAAAACUCCCAGCGUCUUGUCGACAACAAUCUCUAUCAUUUCUGCGUCUUCUCAGAUAACGUGAUGUCGACUUCAGUUCUAGUGAACUCCACCGUCUCAAAUGCUGAACACCCUCAGCAGCUUGUAUUUCAUAUUGUUACUGAUGAAGUCAAUUAUAGAGCCAUGACGGCUUGGUUUCUUAAGAAUGAGUUUAAAGGGUGCACAAUAGAUGUCACAAAGAUUGAAGACCUAAUUUGGUUGAAGGCUUCUUACUCUCCAUUGGUGAAGCAACUAUCAGAAGCAAGAGAAUCGAAAUAUAUGAGCCCGAAAUCUAUAGUGUUGCUAAAUCACUUGCGCUUCUAUCUACCAGAAAUGCAUCCCUCUUUAGAGAAGGUGGUGUUUCUCGAGGAUGACGUUGUGGUGCAAAAGGACAUAACAUCAUUGUUCACCUUAGAUAUGCAUGGGAAUGUGAUUGGAGCUGUGGAGACUUGUUUGGAAACAUCUCACAGGCUCUACGACUAUCUUAAUUUCUCUAAUCCACUUAUAAGAUCGAGAUUUGAUCCUCAAGCCUGUGCUUGGGCAUUUGGGAUAAAUGUGUUUGAUCUCAUAGAAUGGAAGAAGGUGAAUGCUACUGUGAAGUAUCACUACUGGCAAGAGCGUAAUGAAGACCAGAAUCUUUGGAAGGAUGGGACUUUGUCAGCUGGACUUCUUGCAUUUUACGGGUUGGUGGAGCCAAUUGAUAGAAGAUGGCAUGUGAUGGGAUUAGGGUCUGAGUUGGAUAUCGACGAGAGGCUGAUAGAGAGCGCUGCGGCUGUGCAUUUCACUGGGGAUAUGAAGCCAUGGUUGAGGCUGGGUAUAACCAGGUAUAAGCAUCUGUGGCAGCAAUAUCUCAAUUUAACGCACCCAUAUGUUCAAGAUUGUUUUCUAGGAGUUUAAGCAGAUAUCAGCCACAUGUAUUUUUUUUUUAAAGUGAGCUCUUCUUGUGCUUGGAGCUUUAGCUUUAUAGUAUUUCUUUCUCUUCUAAAAGAAUUUUGAGUGAAAAGCAGCAGUACAUGUACAAUCUUGAGGCAUGGAACCGAUCCUGCGCUAUUCUUUUUUUUUUUUCUACCCUUGGUAUCAAAUUGUGUUUUGCUUGA